AUGUUUUUCUUUCUAAUCUUCGUUGCGAUUUCCACCUACUAUAUUUACCACUGGACAUUCUGGAAACGACGUGGAGUUCCUGGACCAUGGGGCAUUCCGAUUUUGGGGAAGUCUGGAGUCAUGUUAGACGAUAGAAGUGCUCCACCUCUUUUAAUUCAAGAGUGGACCAAGAAGUAUGGAAAGGUUUAUGGAUUCACAGAAGGAAUGCAGAAAGUUAUGGUGAUUUCGGAUCCCGAUAUGGUUCAGGAAGUUUUCGUGAAGCAGUAUGACAACUUUUUUGGGAGAAAAGUGAAUCCAAUUCAAGGAGAUCCGGAUAAGGAUAAGGAUGUUCCACUUGUUGGAGCUCAGGGAUUCAGAUGGAAGCGACUACGGACAAUUUCAGCGCCAGCUUUCACCAACAGCAGCAUCAAAAAAGUGAUGCCUCGCAUUGAGAAUAGUGUUCAAGAGUUUCUGAAACACUUGGAACAGAACGGGGAAAAUGGGAAGCCUGUCAAUAUGCAUUUAUACUUCCAAGAGUACACUAUGGAUGUAAUCAUGAGAAUUGCAAUGGGUCAGCCAGAAUCUAGAAUGUUCAAAAACCCUAUGUUGUAUGAUUGUAAAGGAUUCUUUGAAAACAGCCGGUGGCCAGUUUGGAUGUUCAGUGGAGCUUUCCCAUUUGCUGUCAAGGGGCUCAGAUAUCUAUUCUUGAAAUUAGGAAAAUUCGGAGCCGGUCCAUUUAUUCGUGUCCAAAAACAAGUAACUGAUGCUGUUAAUGACAGAAUUGCUCAACGAGAAGCGGAUAGACAACAAGAAAUGGAACCAGGAGAGCCACAAGAUUUCAUCGAUUUCUUUUUGGAUGCUCAAGCUGAUGUGGACUUCUUUGGAGAGACUAAUGAUGAGUAUCAAAAAUCAACUAUUUAUAACAAUCGCAAGUUGACCAUGCAAGAAAUCAUCACCAAUUGCUUUUUGUUUGUGGUGGCUGGCUUUGACACCACUGCUAUUUCCCUUUCCUACGUUGCCUAUUUCCUAUCACUGAACCCAAGAGUUCAAAGAAAACUGCAGGAAGAAGUGGAUAGAGAAUGUCGAGAUUCUGAAAUCACUUUUGAACAAUUAUCCAAGUUGAAAUAUAUGGAGAACACAAUCAAGGAAGCAUUGAGAGUUUUCCCAAUGGCAGCUUUUGCAAACUCGCGUCGUUGCAUGAGAACUACCAAGAUUGGAGAUACUGUCGUUGAAGAAGGCGUGGACAUUCUCGUGGACACCUGGACGCUUCACCACGAUAAAAAAGUUUGGGGCGAGGAUGCUGAUGAGUUUAAACCAGAGAGAUGGGAGUCUCCUUUGAACCCUCACCAGUCUUUUAUGGCUUUCGGUGCGGGACCCCGCGUAUGCCUUGGAGUGCGCUUGGCUUACCUGGAACAAAAAGUUUUGCUUGCCCACGUCCUCCGGAAGUACAGUUUUGUUGCCAAUACCCAAACACAGGUACCAAUGAAACUUGUCGGACGUGCUACUUCCAGACCCCAGAGUUUGAUUCUUUCUGUGGAACCAAGACUUCCAGACCCCAGAGUUUGA